AUAAGUACACCCACAAUAAAAGCACUUUAACAAUAUUUUUAUUAUAAAUGUAACUUUUUCAAAUAUGACUUUGGCAUCACUAUUUAUAGAAAUGUUGGUUGAUGAAUGGUGCUACUCGAAACGUCUAAACGUGUCUGUUAAGCAUAUAACUUUCUACUAGCAAUUUAGAGAGAUGAGCCAUGCGGACGACGACACAUGUUCCAAUAUUAGUAAUUUAAAAUAGAUUGGGAUGAUAUUGGAGGGGUGGCGAUGGCAGUAUCAUCACCAAGAAAAGCACUAAGAAGUUGCCGUCCCACUUUGUUCAGCAUUGUUCACACAUACCGGUCAAAGGAAGCUACUAGAACUUACGUGGCUCUUACGUUUCCAUCACCCUCGGUUCCUUAUAAAUAGAUACACAUUCCAACGUUCUCUCCAUAUACCAUCAAGUGAUAUACAACCUCACAAACAGCUUCGCUAGCUAUCUUUAUUUGUUUUUAAAACUUCACAAAUAAGAAUCUUUUUUAUCAGUGACUGAUUAGUUUGGUUCGUAAAGGAAGUGAUGAAAAUGGGGAGCCUCAAGUUCUUGGGAGCUGCUUUCUUGGUCUUGGUUGUUUUUGACGUAUGUUUAGCAGCUAGAUCACCAAAAGCUCUCGGUAGAGGCUCUGGUUCAGGCUCUGGUUAUGGCUCAGGAUCCGGGGGAGGCAAUGGCGGCGGUGGAGGUGGCGGCGGCGGUGGUGGUGGUGGUGGUGGUGGAGGAGGAGGAGAAGGUUCAGGUUCAGGGAGUGGCUACGGUUCAGGGUAUGGAUCCGGUAGUGGUUACGGGUCUGGAGGAGGUAACGAUGGUGGUGGGGGUGGAGGCGGCGGCAGAGGAGGUGGUGGUGGAGGUGGAGCUGGUAACGGAGGUUCCGGCUACGGGUCAGGUUAUGGAAGCGGUUCUGGAUAUGGAAGUGGUGGUGGUAGAGGCGGAGGAGGUGGCGGUGGAGGAGGCGGAGGUGGUGGUGGUGGUGGUAGCCGUGGAAAUGGAUCAGGCUAUGGAAGCGGAUACGGUGAAGGAUAUGGGAGCGGAUACGGUGGAGGUGAUAAUUACGGGGACUCACCCUAAAUGAUUCUUAAUGAGACAUAAGCUUAUUUUUACAUGAUAAUAAUGAGGUGACAGAUUCUUUAUCGUCACAUAGACAUGCUUAUAUAUUAUGUUGAGUCUUCUUUCGUUACUGAAGAUAGGGAUUGGGUGGUUUCCGUUGUCAAUAAACAUGCAUGUUUCCAUGCACAUAUUGCACUAUAUAUAUAUAAUUCUUAUGACGUGUCACAUGUA